GACUCCAGAGUCUGCUGUGUGAGUAGAAGAAGAAGAAGAAGAAAGCGAGAGAGAAAUGGAGCGAGAAGAAGAAGGUAACCUCGAAAUCCUUCUGAAAUGGGCGUCAGAAAUCGGAAUUUCAAACUCACCGAUCUCCCUCUCCGAUCGGAGCUGCCUCUCUUCGUGUUUAUGUCAUUCUCUCUUCGUUUCCCACUUCCCCGACGCCGGCGGAAGGGGCUUGGCUGCCGCGCGUCCUCUCAGAAGAGGGGAGUUGGUUCUCAGAGUUCCUAAAUCGGCUCUCAUGACGAGGGAGAGUCUAUCGAAAGAUCAGAGAUUCUCUAUUGUUGUCAAUGCUCCUUCUUCUCUCUCACCUAUUCAGAUAUUGAUUGUUGGCUUAUUGUAUGAAAUGAAUAAAGGAAGGAGUUCGUGGUGGUAUCCUUAUCUGGUGAAUCUGCCGCGAGGUUAUGACAUUCUAGCAACUUUUGGUGAAUUCGAGAAGCAAGCUCUACAAGUGGAUGAUGCGAUCUGGACUGCCGAAAAGGCCACGUUGAAGGCUGAAUCGGAGUGGAAAGAAGCUAAUCCGUUAAUGAAAGAACUUAACCUUAAGCCCCAAUUUCUGACUUUUCGGGCAUGGCUUUGGGCUUCUGCUACUAUAUCAUCGCGGACUUUGCACGUACCAUGGGAUGAGGCUGGGUGUUUAUGUCCUGUGGGAGACCUAUUUAAUUAUGUGGCACCUGGAGAAGAGGACUCUGCUCAUACGCUAGACUUGGAGCAGCUUGAUUCUCAUUCACAAAGGCUGACUGAUGGUGGCUUUGAGGAGGAUGUUGUUGCAUAUUGCUUCUAUGCUAGAAGACAUUAUGAAAAAGGAGAGCAGGUCUUAUUGGGUUAUGGGACAUACACAAAUCUGGAGCUUCUUGAACACUAUGGAUUUUUGUUAAAUGACAAUUCUAAUGAAAAGGUUUUUAUUCCUCUACAACCUGAAAUCUGCUCCUCAAAUACAUGGCCUAAGGACUCAAUGUUUAUUCAUCAAAGUGGAAAACCCUCUUUCGCCUUACUCUCCGCUUUGCGUAUAUGGGCAACCCCACGAAACCAGCGGAGACCUGCCUCUCACCUUGCUUAUUCAGGAUCCCAACUCUCGGCCGAAAAUGAGAUACUUGUAAUGAGAUGGAUAUCGAAGAACUGCAACUGCAUCCUGAAGAGUUUGCCAACAUCGUUUGAAGAGGAUCGUUUUCUUUUAAGUGCCAUUGACAAAAUGCAAGAUUCUUGUAGCCCUUUGGAGCUCAGGAAUACUGUGGCCUCUUCAACAGCUCAUAUUCACGCUUUCUUGGAAGCUAAUGGUCUGCAAGAUGGAGAAGAUGUUGCUGAAUUACUGUCAUCUAGGAAAACUAAACGGGAAAUGGAUAGGUGGAGAUUAGCUAUCCAGUGGAGGGUCAGGUACAAGGAAAUUUUGAUCAAUUGUAUUUCUCAUUGUUCUAGAGUUAUUGAUUCUUUUACCCCUCAAAAUAUAUAG